AUGGAUAAAGUGGGGUGUGAAAUGAUAUGCAAAAGUCAUUCAGCGCGGUCUGAACGAGAUCACUACCGAAUCUGUCCAACCAAGCUUUCCAAAAAUGAACUUGAAGAUCUCUAUUUUGCCUUACUUGAGAACAAUAUGCAGCUCAAAAAGACUGUCAAUGUACAGCAAGAGAGGAUCAAAGUACUAUCUACUAAGAUGCAGAGAAUGACUUCCGCACAGAAUGGUCUCCGUGCAGAGGAGAACAAUAACUGCUGUGUUGCAACAAAGGCUGUGGUUAGACAACAGAAAGAAACGAUAGCAGAGUUGACUCGUGCUAAUGAGCACUUGGCUGAUAGGGUUCGGAAACUAAAUAUGAGACUGUGUUCAGCUAAGCAGUUCUGUAAGUCCGCCACACCCAGGGGUCUCAGAUGCUCAACAGCUACUAGUCCAUAUCUUAUUAAGCAUUCACCGUGCAGCUAUAAACAGCAAAGCCACUCAACUCUCAAAUUAGCAGUCUCAUGUCAAAACUUGUCAAGAGAAUCUUUUGUCACGAAAUGCGUUCAAACUGAGCCCUUUGAUUUAACAAAACUUGAAGAGGAAAAUAAACCAUGCGAAGAUAACAAAUGCCGAACUCUAAUAGACGAGUAUAAAGAAAAGAUUAUCAGCUUGCAAGAGAAGCUGUCCGCGACGCAACAGGAGUAUGAGAGUGAGUUGCAGCGCUGUCGAGGUGAGCGAGCGGCGCGCGAACACGAACUGCAGUCCGCUGAAAACAAGAAUGCGCUUCUGACCUCAAAUUUGAGAUCUGCUGAGGGACUUAACUGUGAACUAAAUAUGCAGCUCUCAAUAGAGAAACGUAGAGUCGUCGAGUUGGAGACACGGUUGAGAACAGCCACAAUGUCCAACAAAGUCACCAAGAAUAUUGAAGACACCUUAACCAGUAUUCAGGAAUCAAACAGAACAGCAGUUUCAGAAAUGAAUUUUAUAUGUUCUUGUUGCUCCCCGAGGUCCAAGGUUGAAUCCAGUUCACAGCAAACAUACUUGGGUUUGUCGGCCAACGACGGCAAUAACACGGAGACAAAAUUGUCCAAAAGCACAGCCGACUCCGGGUACAUAGACACUAGUAAAAGUCAAGUCUUCCUUGACGAUCAGAGUUUGAACAAGAUCAUUGACGAACUAACGCAACGAAUAAUGGUACUGCAAUACCAAGUGGAUGCUCUAACAAUAUCGCCGCCGGAAACUAAAGAGGAUUCACCUCUUGUCGAAGAACGCAAUACCAGUAGAGUAACUGUGGUAGAACAUCCAAAAGAAAAUUUAGUACGGCAGACAACAUUUAGCCAAAAUGUAGAAGAUGAUAUACAGUUAACUGACCAAGAAAGUGAUGAGGAAACAUCAAUAAUUCCAGGAAAAGAAGAAAGCAGUGAUGUAGCUAGUCCAAUAUCUAACACCGAGGCCGGCAAAAAUGACCUUUGGGAGAAAAGCAAAUCAAAACUACAUCGAAUAACUAAUAAAACCAAAGACAAUGCUACUACAGUAAAAGAAGAUACAGAAACAAUAAAAAAUAAAGAAGAUAAAGAGAAUAAUAGAAGUAGAGAAAUAAUUAUAAAAAGUAAUGAAGAAAUAAAAGAGACUGUACAUAGUUCGCCUGUAAAGAAUAAAGAAAAGAAGUUAAAAGAACAGUCGUCCUCAACUGAAGAUAAAACCUAUAAUAUCUCGAAUAAAGUUAGUCCCGAAAUUGAAAAACAUAAAAUAAAAAAUAAAAUUGUUAUAAAAAGACAAACUUCAGUUCAUAAUAACAAAAUAUCUGGUUUAAAAGAGAAAGUUGCAGAUAAUGCAAAUAGUCCAAGGAGGUCCAAUAAAAAUAAAGAUAAUAAUGAAACUAAAAAACGUAAAAGUACCACAAAAAUACUCAGAAAUACUGAUAAAGAACCACGUGUUGAGAAACUAACAAUAGAUCGAGCAGUGUGUGAGGACGUGAGCACGUGUGAUGAGGCCACGUAUACCGUGGAGAGCGGAGACCGCCCCACGUCACCUGACAACACCGACUGUGAAAUAUCUUCUAUGUCCGACCUCACUGAGGACAGGGAACCCAAAAUUCCCACGAAGUGUUCCUUGUCGCCCGGCGAACGUAAGUCCCACACAACUCACAGCGACUCGUGCCCUUCGCCCAGCACACAUUAUUCACUUAGUGAAGGAGAAAUUCAAGUCACCACUGUUAGAAGGAGAUCAUUUGAUGACAAAACGAGAUAUACGUCUCAAGCCAUGGCAAUCGCACCGAAGAUGGAUGAAACUCUGCAAGCCAUUACUGAGGAGAUGGCGCGCUGCAAACGUUUGUUGUUUAGCCAGCGCUCGCAGGACAACGUGACAUCUGCACUCACGUAG